AUGGAUCAGGUAUGCACUCAUUGUAAUGCCAAAUUUUGGAUAGGCGAAAAGGAUCACAAUAGCAGUCGUGGAUCUCCAACAUUUGCAAUUUGCUGUGCCCACGGUAAAGUUCGUUUACAACCUUUAUCUAAACCACCAUCAUAUUUGCUGGAUCUGUACACAUUAACUGGACCUGAUGCUGAUUCAUUUCGCAAAAACAUUAGGGGCUAUAAUAACAUCUUAGCGUGCACGUCAUUUGGAGCUAAUAUAAAUGAAUUUCAAGGACGAGGAGUGUCUAAUUUCCAGAUUCAUGGCCAAGUCUAUUACCGCAUCAGAUCAUUACUGCCAGCGGAUCACACGCCUGAUAUGUUAGAUGAAUGCAAUUCAUAUAUCCAAAAUUUUCGUCAAAUAAGGGACCUCAUUCAGAAAAACGCGACCACCAAAUUUUCAAUGCUAAUUUAUAGUGAUCGAACACGAGAUCCCAGUCGGUAUGGUCCUCUCACAGCCUCUGAAGUAGCUAUAAUUAUGGUUGGUGAUGGUCAUGAGGUGGAACCAUCCAGUUGA